AUGUCUACAGAAUCAAAAAAACGAAUAAACUAUUUUUAUGAUCAUGUCAUAGGCAGUUUUAAUCAUGGAAGUGGCCAUCCUAUGAAGCCCCUGAGAAGACCAAGACCUGGAACAAUUGAGGAGCUCACUCAAUUUCAUACCGAUGAUUAUAUUAAUUUUUUAAGCAGAGUUACGGCGGAUAAUGUUGAUACUUGUAUAAAAGAUUUCAACGUUGGAGAUGAUUGUCCGGCUUUUGACGGGCUACUUGAAUAUUGUAGAAGAGCGGCAGGUGGUUCUCUUGCCGUAAAUUGGGCCGGAGGAUUACAUCACGCAAAAAAACAGGAGGCCAGCGGGUUUUGUUAUGUUAACGAUAUUGUGAUUGCAAUUCUUGAAUUAUUGAGAUUCCACCAACGCGUUCUUUAUAUCGAUAUUGAUAUCCACCAUGGCGAUGGUGUUGAAGAAGCUUUUUAUACAACUGACCGAGAUGAAUCCGAUGAGCAGAGAAAUGCACGGCGGUGGGACAUUGGUAUAGGAAAAGGUAAAUAUUACGCCGUGAAUUUUCCUCUAAGAGAGGGCAUAGACGACGAGUCGUAUAAAAGCGUAUUUGAGCCGGUAGUUACCCGAGUAAUUGAGUGGUAUCAACCUGAAGUAAUCGUUUUACAGUGCGGCGCGGACUCACUAAGCGGUGAUCGUCUUGGUUGCUUCAAUCUAUCGUCAAAAGGCCAUGCACAUUGUGUGCGAUUUGUCAAAAAGUUUAACAUUCCAAUGUUAGUACUGGGAGGUGGUGGUUAUACUGUACGAAAUGUGUCAAGAGCUUGGGCAUAUGAAACCGGGGUGAUUGUUGGACAAGAGAUUGGACCAGAGUUACCUCCUCGUUCAGAGCACGAUUAUUUUGAAUAUUUUGGGCAUGAUAAUAAAAUAGAUGUUCUAUCAAGUAACAUGGAAAAUAAGAAUACAAGAGAAUAUUUAGAAAAGAUAACUCUUAAAGUAUUUGAAAAUUUGGAUCGAUCAAGGCAUACACCUAGUGUCCAAUUACAAGCGAUUGCUAUAUUAUUUAUAGAGAUACCGGGGAAAAACUACGACUUUGAUGAACGUUUCGAUGAUGAUAAUCUGGAUGAACGGAUUUCAAAACGACUAAGAGACAAACAUAUCGUACCGGAUAAUGAAUAUUAUGAUUCACCUGAUGAGGAAUGCACAUUUAAGAUUCCCAUUCCUAACGAGUACGGGCCUUCAAGAUAUGUGCGGUCGUAUCGCCACAAGUUGAUAAAAAAUAGUCAAAAGUGA